CUGAAUUCCGCCCUCGCCUGGUGCCGGCGAUUUGACUUGACGUGCGUGGUGUGAGAACGUACAGGCACGGACGACGGGGCUGGAAGCGGGCGCUCGCUAGCCUGCCGUUGGCCCAGGAUGUCCCCCCCGUGAGCUAUUCGGUGACCUCGGUUUUCUGUUGCAGGCAGUGGAUGACUUGUUGCGGUGUGGGAUAUGCUUUGAUUACUUCAGCAUCGCGAUGAUGAUUCCCCAGUGCUCGCAUAACUAUUGUUCCCUUUGUAUACGCAAGUUUUUGUCCUACAAAACUCAGUGUCCAACAUGCUGUGUGGCAGUCUCGGAAUCUGACCUGAAAAAUAACCGGACAUUAGAUGAACUAGUAAAGAGCUUUAAUUCUGCAAGAAAACAGCUGUUCCAGUUGGUCUUGGAUACUCCACUGAUUUCAUCUCCAUUGGCCUGUAGCAGGCGUUCAGCUGGCAAAAGCCACGUUAGGAGUCCUGUUUCUUGGCCAGUUGUAAAAGAAGAGGUGCCAGUGAUCGACAAUUUCUUGAGAAAGGAAGAAGAUUGCACCUCGACAAGGGCAGAUGGCUUGGCAGGAACAGAUCAGAAGAUUUUCAAAACUGAGGAACACCAUAACCUUUACAGCAGUUCUGCAGAGGUUGAUGGUAAAGACAAUGAAGUGGGAUCACAAGAGAGUCCUGAGUGCACCAAAAGUCAUGAAAAGCCUUCUACAUCUGUGGUAAAAGUAGUCAAGAAAGUGGAUUGUCCUGUUUGUCAGGUUGCUAUUCCAGAGCAAUAUAUAAACAAACAUCUGGAUAGCUGCUUGACAAGAGAAGAGAAGAAGGACUGCCUCAGAAGUUCUGCUCACAAAAGGAAGCCUAUGUCUAAAGUUGUUUACAACUUGCUCUCUGAUCGUGAUUUGAAGAAGAAACUAAAGGAACAUGGUCUGUCUACCCAUGGGACCCGACAACAGCUUAUUAAAAGACACCAAGAAUUUGUGCACAUGUAUAAUGCUCAAUGUGAUUCUCUAAAUCCCAAAUCAGUUGCAGAGGUUGUUAAAGAGCUGGAAAAGAAUGAGAAGAUUCGGAUUCAGCUUGAAUUUAAUAAAACCAGUGAAAAUAGCUUGACCUUCACAAAGGACCAAACAGAGGAAGAAAUAGAUGAGAUCCACACUGAUUAUCGAAACAAACACAGAAGUGAAUUUCAGGUUUUGGUGGAUCAAGUAAAUAACCGGUGGAAGAAAAGUGGUAAGAGGAAAACAGGAAGUGCUCAAAACAAAGAAGUUGUCACUGUCAAAGAAUUGCCAGAGGCCACAGAACGUAAGGAAGAGCAUCAGAUGGCUGUCGUCCUUGGAAAAGCCCAGAUACUCAAAACAGAAACUCCUGAUGGCAAAAGUGAAUCUCCUUCCUUGGAGGAAGGCCAGAGAUCAGUCUCUCCUGCAUUCUCACUGUCAUCUGAAUCAACAAGCAGCUCCAGUUCAGACAUUUUGAGAGAUCUGCAAGGGCCUGAGACAUGUUCAGAAUCCUCUGACAAAAGCAGUUUUCUGGGUCCGAGAGCUAACAAAAGAAAGUCAUCUCGGCCCCGAAUGCCAGAAAGCAAUCAACUGCUUCCCAAGAGAAAGCGGAAGAAGAGCUAGCGCUACAGUGAUGUGAAGCUUAAAACCAUGCAGAAGGCUUAACGCUAAGAAAUGCUUCUUAGUUUUUUCCAGUUUUCAGUGUAUCUGGGUACUUACUAAAAUGCUGAACUUUCACAUAACUGUCAUUCAAACUGCCUUAGAAUAACCAGAUUGGUGUGCUGAUGCUUUUUGUUAACAGCACUGUGGGCCAUCUAACUCUGAGAUGGGGUAUAAAGUGCUGGAGUCCUGCCAUUGCCUCAAGCUGACUCAUGCCACACAGCAGCCUCACCGAUGAUGGACGUGGGUCUGCGUGUUGCCGCAGUUCCUGCUUGCACCUCACAGAAGCUUGUUCUGCCCUCUUGGAAGCAAUCGUGGGGCAGCAUUUUGCUUGGGGUCGGGCAGAUGCUGAUGCUCCGGUUACCUGGCUCAGCUGG